CCCUUCCUUCCCGGGCUGGCGGCGGCUGCGGGUGGUGGACCUGCAGAGCGGCCGUCGCCCACACCUCGCUCUCUCCUGGGCCGGCGGAUCCUUUUGUCUCUCCGAGCGGCGAAGGUCGCAGAGCAGGCGCGGCGGCUGCGGGCGCACAAACGCCCGCGCUCUCGGUCACCUCCCCAGCCUCGGCCACCGCAGAACUUGGGCUCGAGAAGCCAGCGGACCGCGUCCAGCUCCAGAGCCGGGGCAUGGUCUAGCAGCUUAUCAAGCCUGUGCAUCAUCCCCCAGCGGUUCUGAUCCUGCUCUGCUUUGGCCUCCAUUUGGCUGUAGGUUUAGUCUCCACUGCCAGCUGCCAUGGGCAAGCAGAACAGCAAGCUGCGUCCUGAGGUGCUGCAGGACCUGCGGGAACACACGGAAUUCACUGACCAUGAGCUUCAGGAAUGGUACAAGGGCUUCCUCAAGGACUGUCCCACUGGCCACCUGACCGUGGACGAGUUCAAGAAGAUCUACGCCAACUUCUUCCCCUAUGGCGAUGCCUCCAAGUUCGCUGAACACGUCUUCCGCACAUUUGACACCAACAGCGACGGCACCAUCGACUUCCGGGAGUUCAUCAUCGCUCUGAGUGUGACCUCUCGGGGCAAGCUGGAACAGAAGCUCAAGUGGGCCUUCAGCAUGUACGACCUGGACGGCAAUGGCUACAUCAGCCGCAGUGAAAUGCUGGAGAUAGUACAGGCCAUCUACAAGAUGGUGUCCUCUGUGAUGAAGAUGCCCGAGGACGAGUCCACGCCCGAGAAGCGAACAGACAAGAUCUUCAGGCAGAUGGACACAAACAAUGAUGGCAAACUGUCCCUGGAAGAAUUCAUCAAAGGUGCCAAGAGCGACCCAUCCAUUGUCCGGUUGCUGCAGUGUGACCCCAGCAGUGCUAGCCAGUUCUGAGGGGAAUGGGCUUUUGGACAUUUGUGAGAAACACAGGCUUGGCCUGCCAUCUUCAGCUUUGCUUGUAAAAGUGGAUUCCUCCGUGAUCUCUCCUGUUCUCCCAGGACCUGGGUCCAGGCAGCAAUCGCACCCUCCUGACCUGGCCAACUGUGGCUUCCUCCUCCUCCCGUCCAGGCUGGCUCCUUCCAAUGGUUCAAGUGUUCUCGACUGUAGGGCUCCUCCCUGCUCACAGAGGGCCUGGUGGCCCUUAAGGACACCAGACAGGACAUUUCAGUAUCUUACCAAGACCAGCUAAUUUAUUCUAUGAUCCCAGGUGAUUUUGUGAGGAUGAAAAAGAUGGAGAGUAGACAGGCAAGCCCUUCCUAUGCAUGGCUCCACCUCCCUUGUUCAUUUUCUCUGACCAAAGCCGCUUGCAUGUAUAUACCGUGGUAUCCUUACUUUUAAUAUAUGAGUUAUAUGUACGGUGAGAUGGACUAUAAUGUUCAGCCCCUAUAUUUAAUGCCUCUGACUGCCUUUGAAGCAUGGUCCCCUGUGGCCUGUGAUUCCCCCCACCCCCAAGUCUGGCUGUGCUGUGAUAUUUAUGCAUUCAUGAUUUGCCUGAUUCCACAGGAGAUACAUGCAUGCCCAGGGCUGUGGACAUCUGCCCUCCGUCCUGUAAAUGCAGGUGUUUCUGUGUGCUCUGUCCUUCCUGUCGAUUGGUCUGGCAUAUUAAAAUGAUCAAAUAAACCAA